AUGGCUCUUCGUAGCCAUUUCUGGGUAGGGUUCUCAGAGUCUGUGAAAGACAGCCUAGUGAAUUACCCUCCUUCUUCCACUCUGGAUGACCUAAUGAAGUUAGGCAUCCAGAUUGAUAGGAGACAAAGGGAGAGGCGGCUGAAAGGGGUAAUGCAGCAGGACAAUUACACAGCUGUCUAUGAAUUCCUAAUCCUUGGAUUCCACAGAUUGCAUGGCUUUAAUAUUUUACUUUUCCUGUUUUUCCUACUCAUCUACAUUGUCAUCUGCUUAGAGAACCUUCUGAUAAUUGUGUUAGUGGUGUAUACUUGUAAAAUGCCCUGGAUAAAUUGGACAGAUGAGGUCGAUUUUACUUUGUUUGGCUUCUCUCGUGAUCUCAGACUUCAGUAUUUUCAGUUUGGGAUAUUUCUGCUGCUAUACCUCAUGUCACUUGUGGGUAAUCUCACCAUCACCGUAGCAAUAUGCUUAGACCAAAAGCUUCACACACCAAUGUAUUUCUUCCUGGGAAAUCUCUCGUUCCUUGAUAUUUGCUACUCUUCAGUUACUGUUCCCAAGAUGUUGGUGGCUUUACUUGGGGGAAACAACAAGAUUUCAUACAGAGGUUGCAUGUCUCAACUGUAUUUCUAUGUAUCUUGCUGCAGCACAGAAUGUUUGCUUCUGUCUGUCAUGGCAUAUGACCGCUAUGUUGCUAUCUGUAAUCCCAUGCGUUACACAAUUAUCAUGAGCAAAAAAACUUGCUUUCAACUGGCUACAGGUCUUUGGUUGAUUGGCUUCAUUAGCUCAGUUCUACACACAGUCUUCACAGCGCGUCUGCCAUACUGUGGCUCACAUAGAAUUUCCCAUUUCUUUUGCGAUAUCCCUCCAAUGCUCAAGCUUUCAUGUACAGACACAUUUAUGAAUAAAGUACUAGUUCUCACCGCAGGUGGAUUUCUAGGACUCAGCUCCUUUGUGCUUACACUCAUUUCCUAUGUAAAAAUUAUCUCUACCAUCCUGAAUAUCCGUACAAACAUAGGUAGAGGAAGGGCGUUUUCAACAUGUGCCUCUCACCUAACAGUAGUCACCAUCUUCUUUGGCAGUAUCAGUUUCAUGUACAUGAGGCCAACCUCUAGCAACUCAUUUGAAACAGACAAAUUAAUUUCUUUUCUUUAUGCAGUUUUAACCCCUGCUUUAAACCCCAUGAUAUAUACACUUAGGAAUAAGGAGUUUAAAGUUUCGUUGAAGAAGACAGUAAGUAAAAUAAUAUUUUUUAAAAAGCCAUUGUAA